AUGGACAUAAUUGCCUCUCGACUUGACACCCUGGAGCGCCUAGUGUACUCUAAAGCAGCAGGAACGGCAGCUGCGACAACGAACCUGGCGGAGCAGGUGGCAGUAGUGGACCGCGAAUUGAAGCGGACCCUUGCCGACCAGCCCGUACUGUCAGCCGGCCUGCAAAAGUACGACAGGCUCCGCGGGCUCAUUGACGGCGACGGCGACCUAGAGCUGCAGCGCAAGCUCCUGGGCAUCAACGCCAAGCUCGAGAUCAUUCUUUUGAACGACGGGGCGGCCCAGAUCCUGAGCGAUCUGCGCACGAUCAAGGACCUGGAACCCAAGGCCAACAUGCCCGAGUACAAGACCGCUGCCGAGCAGCUGCCAAAGGCCAAGGCUGUAGAGGCAGCGCAUGUCGAGCAGGCUGAGCAAUUCCGCCAGGCGGUUGCGGAAGUCUCGGCGCUUAUCGAUAGGUACCAUGCGGAGACGGGUGCGCUGUCUGAGAUGUUUGUCGAGUGGGACCGCGUGCUGACUGGACUCGAGCAUAGAGCGGCCCAACUGGAAGCUGCGCGGUCAAAGUAGAUCCUUCCUGCUACGAUGCGCCUGGUCAGCUGGUCUAGUAAUUGUCUUUAUCAUACUCUUUUUAGGCGGUCUGCCCUAGUCCCAGAACGUGAGAACAUGUAUCGUUUGACCCGGG